ACGAACAAAGUUUUGAAAUCUCAUAAACACAAUAUCUCCGAUAUAAAUGAACUUCAAGCUACAUUAAAUAGUAAAGCUGACAAGAACCAUACACAUGAAUCCUUCACUACUGUUAGAGCAGACGACAUAAUAUUGAACUAUACCCUUGGUUCAAGUGCACCUUUAGAAAAUCCAAGUACAAGCGUAAAAGAUACUCUUAAUAGUUUAGAUAGUAAAUGUAUGAACAUUGAAGGUCGUGUCAGAAACUUUGAAACAUAUGAACUACCAGCAAUGUUAGAUAAAAAAGCAGAUAAAGAACAUACACAUAACUCCUUCUCAACUGUUGCUAUAGAAAGUAUUGAAGGAACGGUUGGCGGAACUGGUGGGGAUGCAUUAUAUUAUAAACCUCCUAACUUUCCACAAGGUUUAACAUCGAAUGAAAACAUAACAACGAAGAAAGACAUUAGCUGUAAAAAUGUUUAUGUCAUGGAUGAUGAAAAUAAUGUUAAAUUCACUGCUCAAGAUUUAUAUGAUAAGAAAGCUGACAAAACAGAGCUUCAAACAUUAAAGACUGAAAUACUUCAAACAUUAUAUCCUAUAGGCUCUAUUUAUACGUCAAUGAACUCAACAAAUCCAGCAAGUGUUUUAGGUUUUGGUACGUGGCAGCAGAUUGUAGACAAAUUCUUAUACUGUGCUAACUCUUCAAAGCAAACAGGAGGCUCAAAGAAAAUUAAAGAAGCAAACUUACCUGCGCACACUCAUACAGGAACUACAAACUUUUCUGGCGACCAUAGCCACUCAUUAAGAGACCACCCAUUAUACAACUCAGACUAUGAAGCUGGCAAUGAAGUUUUAUCUCCAUCUUAUAACAAUUCAGCAAAAAAGACUUUUCGACCAACUGAACCAGGAGGAAAUCAUUCACACACUUUCACAACAAAUCCAACAGGUUCGGGUGCAGAUUAUAUGCCACCAUUUAUGACUGUAUUCGCAUGGUACCGUCUUGAAUAA